ACCCGCCCCAUUUCCUUCGACAUUUUGGUGGCUUUGUGAAAUUUACUGGCGGGUGGUUUUUGAAAUAGUUGUUUUGAACAAAACUAGUCAGGGGAAUAAUCCAGAUAACAGUAAAUACUUAAAACAUUAAUGGUACUUUCUUUAAAAAAAAAUACAAUUUCUGUUGAAAUGAUUGUCUCAUAUAGCAGGCUAUCAUAACAAUAAGAUAUAUCUACCUAGUAAUUUCAAAAUUACACUAAAGCGUAGCUGUCAACCUGCGAAAUCAGAUGCAUUUUUAAAUGCAACAACCGAAUUUCUUCAGUGAUAUAAUUUAUCUUUGUGUACACUGCGUGAAAACAUUGCUUGCUAGUUGCUACAUUGUUGAGGCCUGAAACCUUCCCCGGGAAAAUUUGCUAGCCACUCAGCCAGCGUGUCUGUCACUCGCAGCAGGAGCCGCAAUAAUGGCGAAGGUUCAAGUACUAAAUGUCGCUGUCCUCGAUAACCCGAGUCGAUUCGGAAACCCAUUUCAAUUCGAAAUAACAUUUGAGUGCAUGGAAGACCUACCAGAAGAUCUUGAGUGGAAGAUCAUUUAUGUGGGUUCAGCAGAGAGUGAAGAGUAUGACCAGACCCUUGACUCUGUUCUGGUUGGCCCAGUACCAGCCGGGAGGCACAUGUUUGUGUUCCAGGCGGAUGCCCCAAACACGGGUCUGAUUCCAGAAAGUGAUGCUGUUGGCGUAACUGUGGCGCUAAUCACCUGUACAUACCGCGGACAGGAGUUCAUUCGUAUCGGGUACUACGUCAACAACGAGUACACCGACCCAGAGCUGCGGGAAAACCCACCCAUAAAACCUGACUAUGGACAGCUCCAGAGAAAUAUUUUGGCUUCAAACCCACGUGUAACAAGAUUCCAUAUCAACUGGGAAGGGUGUGCAGAAAGGAUGGAAGACUCAGAGAAUGUGGAUCCUGCCCCCAACUCUAUGCUGCCCCCAUCUUGCCUCCCGGGCAAGGCCCCACCCAUAGGGUUGCUACCUGACAACUCUAUGGACUGCUUGUAGAGGGAAACAUACAUAUACACAUAAUCUUUGAUCAACCCAAGCACUAUAAGCAGAAGAAUGGACAUUCUGACUUGGAUGUACAGCCAGCUUUGCCUUACAGCUGCCCUUAUUUCCCAGAAACUGUCAACAACACACUCCCACCUUGGACUACAGUGUCUUGCAACCAAGACAAUCUUUCUGGAGUAAUCUUUAUUAUCUAUUGGAAAUGUUUCACUUUCAUGUCUAUAACAUGGUGAAAAAAAGUUGUAAAACUAAUUCAUCCCUUCAUUUUUAAUACUAUCAACUGGGCAACAGCUGAAGUAUCCAAGUUUCCAUAGAUGGUUAGCAGCUAAUUGGCAGAAAUACUGAUUCACACCAACUAGUCAGCUGUUAAUUAUGUGAUGUAAAUACCAACAGAGGAUUAUGACACUAGUGAAG